AUGUCGCUCGCAGCCUCGAGGACAUCUAUAUCGAGCGCAUUGCCCAAGCCAAAAUAUACCGGCGAAGAUGAGGAGUUACCGACACAUACGCAGCAGAAAGGACCGCGAGUUGUCGGCGCACGCGAACUAGAAUCAUCUCAAUUGGUUGUGAAGAGAUCUGGACCGCCGCCAUACGGCCAGCGAUCAGGAUGGCGACCACGGAAUGCAGAAGACUUUGGCGAUGGUGGUGCAUUUCCAGAAGUGCCCAUGGCACAGUACCCGCUCGACAUGGGCCGCAAGAACCAGCCUUCAACUUCGAAUGCGCUCGCACUUCAAGUAGACAGCGAGGGGAAGGUCAAAUAUGACGCUAUAGCACGCAGGGGUCAUGGAGAAAACAGAAUCGUGCACGCGAGCUUCAAGGAUCUCAUCCCGCUUCGACAACGAGCAGAUGUGGGAGACAUCAGCCUGGAGCGACCGAGCGAGGAGGAGGUGCAGGCGAGCAAAGAGCGAACGCAGAAGGCGCUGCAAGGGCUAGUGGAUGGAACUCUAGCAGCGCAGAAGCCAAAGAAUGUCAAAGGCACAACCAGGCCGGAGCCGACGUUCGUUCGAUACACUCCUGCCAACCAAAUGGGGGAUACCAGCAAGAAGCAGGACCGGAUCAUGAAGAUCGUGCAACGGCAACAGGACCCUAUGGAACCACCGAAGCACAAGAUCAAGAAGAUUCCCCGCGGACCUCCCUCUCCGCCACCUCCUGUCAUGCACUCGCCGCCUCGCAAAUUGACCGCUGAAGAUCAGGAAGCAUGGAAGAUCCCGCCGCCCGUGUCAAAUUGGAAAAAUCCCAAGGGAUACACAGUGCCGCUCGACAAACGACUGGCGGCUGACGGAAGAGGCCUGCAAGACGUAACGAUCAACGACAAGUUCGCACAGUUUGCAGAGGCUUUACACACAGCAGACAGACACGCGAGAGAGGAGGUGCAGCAGAGACAUCGCAUGCAGCAACGACUAGCGGAGAAGGAGAAGGAGGCACAGGAGGAGCAUCUGCGGCAGCUAGCCAUGAAGGCACGAGAGGACAAGGCAGCUGCAGCUACUCGGCGACGAGGCUCAGAUCGCGGCCGAUCGCGAAGCAGAUCCGUGAACAGUCGCUCCUCGUACUCAUCAUACUCGUCUCGAUCACGCAGUCGAAGCAGGAGCCGCAGCGGAGGACGAGACGGCGAUCGAGAUCGCCGUGAGCGUGAGAAACAACGUGCGGAGCGCAAACAGGAAGCAAAGCGGGAGAUGGCACGAAAGAACAUGGGCCAUGAGCGGAAGAUGCAAAUGAUGGCUAGAGAGCAGAACCGCGAUAUUGGUGAGAAGGUGGCGCUGGGUUUGGCCAAACCUACGCAAAGUAAAGAGGCCAUGUAUGACUCUCGGUUGUUCAACCAGAGCUCGGGGUUUGCUGCUGGAUUCAACGAGGACCAGGCUUACGACAAACCUUUGUUUGCCGAUCGCGACGCCCUGAACUCCAUAUAUAGGCCCACCGUGGGCGAUGAGGACGAUGGAGAAGACGGCGGUGAGACACUAGAAAAGAUUCAAGGCACCAAACGAUUUGACACGCUGGGACGAGCGCCCAAGAGUGGAUUCAAAGGGACGGAGACUGCAGAAGCGAGAUCAGGGCCGGUGCAAUUCGAGCGCGACCGUGGUGAUGAUCCUUUUGGUAUUGAGGCAGGCAUUGCUGCAGCAUCAGGCGGGUCGAAGAGAGCUGCGGACGAUGAUGCAGGUGGCAAAGGAAAGAGAGCGAGAGUGGAUGACGAGUAGCUUGACUUCUUCACUAGCAUGGUCUUGGCUGCGUGAAGACUGCACGGACUUGGUUGAAAUGCCUCGAAGCCCAGUCAACAAUUACACAGACCGUUGAUUCGAGCGACUUGACUCCGACCCAGUUCAACAGUCCCACAGCGCGACAUCCAUACAGCACUUCAACGACGCUUUGCGACCUUAGAGCUGUAGCAUCCCGAACCCACCCAGAAACCGAAAUACAUCUGUUCAGCAAGCAUGCCGCCAAUGGCAAUGGCAGCGCCUCAGCAACACCAACAGCUGCCGACAACAUCAAUGCGUUUCACAUAUCAGCCUAGUUCCAAGGUCUCGAAGUCUAUCGGCACAUCAAACGGACUGCGCCCUUCGCUCGAGAUAGUAACGCCCACUACUAUUUCAACUGCUACCGCGACGCCAUCAAUCGGCCUCCCUCGCUCAGACCCACUACCAGACUUGCCACCAUAUGUCGGUCCUCUAGUCGCGGCCUGGCUAGCAUUCGGUGUAGUCGCAGCAAUCCUUCUUUUCUUCGUCCAAUUUCCUCCACGAUGCUUCCGAGGCGAUGGCAAGGCGAAGCCAGUUAAUAGAAAAUUGCGGCCAGCAGCCAGCAGAGAUGAACAUGAGCUGGACACGCUCAACGCCACGCUCGAGCCGCCGCAAGCGGUUUCGACUUCAGC